AUGGCAGCUUUCGCUGCCUGUCGCUUCCCCAGCUUGGAGGUGAUGGAGCUGUGGUAUGGCAGGCGAGGAGAGGCGUGCCUGCUUCGUUUUAGUAGAAGUCAUGACGGCAUCUUCAAGAUCUUCCGUGCUGGCACAUGGGAACUGCCACUGCCUCCUGAUGUCAUGGAAGCAUGGAACAGACUUUCCGAAUUGCGUGGAGGGAAAGAACUGAUGGCGAGUGAUCCCGAGCGAAUUGACCGUGAACUCAUACGGUCUCACGGCGAUGCUAUUCACCACUUGGGGCUCGUUUCGGAUGUUCUUCAUCCUGUAUCGUUGCGGCAGAUCAGGAGAGAGGCACAAUGCUAUGGCCCGAGCUGGAGAUAA